AUGACAAAAUAUUUAACAUUCAGCUCCAAUGAUGAAUCGGAAAUUUAUGAUAAUGCUAAUGAUAUUAUAUUACUUGACAAUCAUGUUGUUCAAUGCUGUAACACUAAUGAUCGUAUUCAAAGUUCUGCAUCUGAUGAUACAUGUUUAGAUUCUGGUUCUGAUGUAUCAGAUGAUGAUGUAAAUGAAAAUCAUUUAUCCAAUGAAUGCACCAGUAAUUCAACAUCAUAUUCAUUACUCGUUGCAACUGACGUCAAUGGAUUUAAUAAUGAUACGAAAAAAACUUCAAAACGUAAACGUCGUCAGUGGUCGAUAUUUGAAAAGCUUAAUGCUAUUAAUACUUUCAAAUCUAAUGGCAGUAAAAAUCGAACUGCUGUUGAACAUGGGUGUACAACAGCUCAAUUACGAAAAUGGUUGAAGUGUGAAAAUGAAUUACUCAAUAUUGUAAAAAGUCGUAAACGACGCAGAUCAGGUGGUGCUGGGAAAAAUUUGAAAUAUAUUGGUCUUGAUUUAAAAUUAUUAGUCUGGUUUCGUGAACGAAGAGAUAAAAUUGAUUCAAGCUUCACCAACUGCAACAAGAAUUUAAAUAUUUCACGUGAAAAAGUUACAUUAAAACAGCUUCAACGACAAGGUUUUCAAUUAAGUGUUGAAUUGAACCAUGAACCACCAUCAUGUAAAUGGUAUUACCGAUUUUUGGCUCGCCAUAGACUAUCUCUUCAGCAACCAAAACGUCAACAAAAACUUCCUUUAACAGAUGCUUAUAAACAUGUUACUGCAUUUUAUUCUUGCAUACGCCGUGCCAAUAAAUGGGAUCCUAAACGAGGACUGAUGGGAGCUUUUACACCACGUGAUAUUUGUAAUAUGGACGAAAGUCCUAUUGAAUUAUUUGGUGACCAAAGCAAACGCAGUAUUAAUGAUAUAGGUACAUCAAAUGAUAUAGAAGGUCAUUUAACCAAUAAACGUCUUGCUACAUUAAUCUUACUACAAGAUCGUGUUACAUCAACAGAAAGACCUCAAUAUGCUCAAGGAGUUCAUGUGUUUUUUACACCAAAAGGUGUAAUAAAUGGUACAACAAUGGAUCGUUAUGUACAAUUAUGGUGGUCGAAAGUUAGAGAUCCUCAUUCAAAGCUAAUGAUUGCUGAUAGUGCAAAUCCUCAUCUAAAUGCUGACGUUAUUCGUGAUUUACGUAAAAAACGAGUAGUAGUUGCUAUUAUACCAAAAGGUUGCACCAUGUAUGUACAGGUACUUGAUGUUUCUGUUUUUUCAGUUUUCAAGAAUCAUUACGACGAUGUUGUCGCAGAAUAUAUUGACCACAAUGGUCCAAGAAGUAAAAUAAAACUUACAGCAUCUCAAUCACGUGUUCUUUGCACCAGAUUUACAUGGUCUGCAUGGUUACGAACAUUAAAAAGUAUCGAUUUUGUUAAAGUAUUUCAAAAUAUUGGUUAUAUCUGGUCAGAUAAUUCACCAUUUUCUCUUCGUACAAUGCCUGGCUACACAUUUGAUCCAAGUUCAGCUGACUGGGAAUCGUCAACCAAUGAUGAUAACGAUACAGAAGAUCGUAUUGACAUUGUCGCGGAUAAAGCAUCAGAACAACAACAACAA